AUGUCUAUCCCCGUCAAAGUCCCCGGCAGUCCCUGGACUGACCCCGCCGACAACAACACUGGCCUCGUCGUCAAUACGUCUGUGCCCGUGCCGUCGUCCGACACACCAUACGGCGGCUCUCCCGAAAGCCCCGUCUACUUCUACAAUCGCAGCCUCAGCACCAACGACAUUGUCUGUGGCACGAGCAACUGGACGGCGGGACGGAGCUGCUGCCCCUCCGCCAUUGGUAUUGCCGACACCGAGACGUGGACCACCUGUCGCUUCCAGAACACGAGCGAGAAUGAGGACUACUGGAACGAGUGCACGAGUGCGGUCGGCGGCGGUGCAUUUCCGAUCGAGUCGCGAUGCUGGCCGUUGAAAGACUUCCUGGCAUACAUGGAGAAUCACACUGCCGUCGAGCUGCGCCAGGGUAGCCCCAUCGAGCCCAUCGCCUGCGGGUCGAUUGGGCUCAGCGAGAAGUGGAACUACACGGCGACAUGCUGUGAGCAAGUCCAGGGCAGAUCGAACCAGUGGCGUGCCCUGCGCGGCACUCGGGACGACUGGUCGGCAGUAAACUGCCUGAUGACCGACAAUAACCAGCAAUCGGCGUUCAACGCUUGCAUAUCGCAGCACACGUGGGCCGUGUGCAACAACACGGAGAAUCCUGACGACGAGGGCGGCAACGGCGGUAUCAGCACGGGCAGCAGCUCUGUGGGCGGCAGUGCCGGUGCGAGCUCGAGGACGUCGGGUCCGACGCCGUCGAAUGCUCCGAGCGAGGGAUGGGUCACGAGACCGGGCCUGGUGUUAUUGCUCGCUUCCGCCGGGCUCGCGGCGGUGCUGUGA